CGGGGUGAGCGCGCGGGGCCGGGUCCGCUCGGGCCGUGCCGGACAGGACCGGGCCCCCCCGCCAUGGCCCUGGCGCUGCCGCUGCCCGAGCCGCCCUGGCCGCCGAGCCUGGCCCCGCUGAAGGACGUGGAUGACUUGCUGCGCUGUGGGAUUUGCUUCGACUACUUCAGCAUCGCCGUGAUCAUCCCGCAGUGCUCCCACAACUAUUGUUCCCUUUGUAUCCGCAAGUUUUUGUCCUACAAAACUCAGUGUCCAACAUGCUGCGUGGCAGUCUCGGAAUCUGACCUGAAAAACAACCGAACAUUAGAUGAUCUAGUGAAGAGCUUCAAUUCUGCAAGGCAGCAGCUGUUCCAGCUGGUGUUGGAUGCUCCCGCGGUUCCGGCCCCGCUGGCCUGCAGCAGGAGUCCAGCUGCCCAGAGCCAUGGCAGGGCUCCUGCUUCUCAGCCAGAGUCAAAGGAGCUGCCAGUGAUGGACAGUUUCUUGAGAAAGGACAAAGUCUGCACCUUGGCAAAGGCAGGGGGCCUGGCAGGGACUGAUCAGGGGACUUUCAGAACUGAGGAACACCGUGACCUUCAUGGCACUUCUGCAGAGGCUGGUGAUACAGACAGUGAAGUAGGAUCCCAGGAGAGUCCUGAGUGCACCAAAAGUCAUGAAAAGCCUUCUACAUCUGUGGUCAAAGGAGUCAAGAAAGUGGAAUGUCCUGUUUGUGAGGUGGCUAUUCCAGAGCAAUAUAUAAACAAGCACCUGGAUAGCUGCUUGACCAGAGAGGAGAAGAAGGACAGCCUCCGAAGUUCUACUCACAAAAGGAAACCGAUGUCUAAAGUUGUUUAUAACCUGCUGUCGGACCGAGACCUGAAGAAGAAGCUCAAGGAACAUGGUCUGUCCACCUCUGGGACCCGUCAGCAGCUCAUUAAGAGACACCAGGAAUUUGUGCACAUGUACAAUGCUCAGUGUGAUUCCCUAAGUCCCAAAUCAGUUGCAGAGGUUGUUAAAGAGCUGGAAAAGAACGAGAAGAUUCGGGUUCAGCUGGAAUGUAAUAAACCCAGUGAAAAUAGCUUGACCUUCACAAAGGACCAGACAGAGGAAGAAAUAGAUGAGAUCCACGCUGAAUAUCGAAACAAACACAGAAAGGAAUUCAAAUUCUUGAUGGAUCAAGUAAAUAACCGGUGGAAGAAAAGUGGUGAGAGGAAAACAGAAAGUGCUCAAAACAAAGAAGUUGCUGUCAAAGAGCUGCCAGCAGCCACAGAGCCUCAGGAAGAGCAUCCCACAGCUGUUGUGCUGGGAGAAGCUCAGGAACUCCAUUCACAUACUCCUGAUGGCCAGAGAAGUGAAUCUCCUUGCCUGGAGGAAGGCCAGAGAUUGGCCUCUCCUGAACUCUCACUGUCAGCUGGAUCAACAAGCAGCACCAAUUCGGACAUUUUGGCAGAUGUGGAAGAGUCUGAGACGUGUUCAGUGUCCUCUGACAGCAGCAGCAGCUCCCUGGCUCUGACAGUGAUCAGGAGGAAGUCGCAGCGGCCGCGGAUGCCGGAGAAUGAUGGAGUUCUUCCCAGGAGCAAGCGGAAGAGGAGCUAGUGCUGCAGGGAUGGGGAAUCUUCAACGCUGGGAAACACUGCUUGGCUUUUUCCCAUCCUCAGUGUGUCUGAAUACUGAGUAAAGCGCUGAAUUUAUGC